AUGGGCGUCUACCUCAGCCGGCCCGACACUCGCAAGGAGUCGGAGUCCGGCGACGCCGGGAACCGCUGCGAGUACGGCGCGUCGUCGAUGCAGGGGUGGCGCAAGGGCCAGGAGGACGCCCACAUCGCGGCGGACGUCGGCGGCACGGCGGUCUUCGGCGUCUUCGACGGCCACGGCGGCCGCGAGGUGUCCAACUUCACGGCGAAGCACUUC